AUGUCUGUCCACUACAACAGGGCAGGGCACAAGACCAAUUGCUUUUUGCUCAUUUGCCCGCUCGGCUGGGAAGACUGGCCAAGAAAAGGAAGCGGCAGAGUUGCCGGCUUGGCUGGGCUGGGAAAGGGCUUGCAACGUCAUGACGUUCUGGCACCCGCGCGUCUGCUACAGCUAAUUCUCCCGGUGGGCAAGGAAAAGAGCGGGUGA